UGAAGCUCUCCAUGCUCUCCUCCUCCGUCCUCCUCUCCUCCCUUUCAUUUUCCUCUGCUCGCUCUCAUACUGUUGUUUACUACCUCCUUAUCGUCGCCCCAUAUCGUCCACGUUAAGAAGGAGGAGGCAGGAGAGGCUCUCUUUUCUGUUCACCUUAGAUCUUCAGCCGCUGAGCCCUCACUCAGUUCUUCACCCCUCACCUCUGCUCCUCCUCCUCCUCCUUCUCAGUCUCUCACCUCGUCACCUCGCUCUUUCUUCUUCUUCUCCUUCUGACCUUUGACUGUGGAUCUAGGACUUUCGAACUGCCAGCGCCGGGGUCCUUGCUGAUGCCCGCGGCCCAGCGCUGACGUGGGCGCCAGCUAGCUGCCCAGAUGCAUUUACCACUUUUUGCCAUUUUGAUAACCUUGAUGUGUGAUGUAAUCAGGAUGGGUGCCGGCGUCCCUCAGAGACGAAGUGCUCAGAAAGAAAUGACGGAGGAGUGUCGGAACUGUCUGGAGUGUUCCCAUGACAACGGCUGUGUGCGUUGCCCUGAGCGACUCUUCUUAUUCCUGCAGAGAAAUGGGAUGUCUCACCAUGGCACAUGUCUCCAUGUCUGCCCUGCUGGACACUACGGACAGAGGGGGAAGGAUGUCAAUCGCUGCAUGAAGUGUCGGUCUUUGGACUGCGAGCACUGCUUCAGUCGAGACUUCUGCACCAAGUGUAAAGCUGGUUUCCAUCUAUACAUGGGCAAAUGUGUGACCCGCUGUCCAGAGGGAACCUUCACACAUCAGACAGACUGCCUCGAGGACUGUCUUCAAGCUGCAGUGGGCGAGUGGAGCGACUGGAGCGCCUGUCUCCGUAACGGCGUCAGCUGUGGCUUCAGGUGGGGCAAGCAGACCAGGACCCGGGGGAUAAGGCCGUCUGUGACGACGCCUGAAGAGAAAUCGGCUUCUUUCUGCCCAUCCGACAGCGAGACGCAGAGGUGCAGGAUGAGGAAAACGUGUCCUAAUAGUGAGAUGGACGGAGGACCAGAGGGAAGACUGCCCCCUACUGGCCCACCAACACCACUUCCAGCAGCAACUCAAGUUUUCCUGGGAGGUCUCCCAUCCAAAAACAAGAAAGAAUAAAAAAAGAGGACUUGGGAAGAAGAGGGACAGAAAGCGACUGCGACUCCAGACUUUCAGAGCUGUUGUUGCUGAACCAGAGCAGUGAAGAGAAGAGAUGCAUGCUGGUCCAUCAAAACUGACCAGGCAAUGCAACCACAGACUUCCAGCCAAUACUAAAAAAAAACAAAACCUGAGGAAUGAUGACGACAACCUAAAUGUUUUAAUGCUAGCUGACAGUGUUUUUUUAUUCUGUCAAAUCCCCAUGUUCAUGAUAAAACGUUGGUAUUUUUGAAAAUGUCACACACCUUGUUUACUAGACCUUGUAAACACCUUGUUUACUUUGGCAUUUUUGUCUGCCAAAUUACAAAACUAAUGAAUGGGGCAAACUUUGGCAGAAAUGUAAAUCCUGAUAUAUGGUCCUCUGCUUUUGAGCAUUUAUCAUAUUUCCUCACUGAUAGAUGCAAGGAGGCAUUGCAUGAGUAUCAAUAGUGCCCAUUAAAGAUAUUCUCCCUUUGUAUUUGUAGUGCAUCUAUCAUGCAUGAGCAUCACGGACCAAUUUGCUCAAAUACUGCACAAAAAUGCUACGUUAUUUUAUGGUGAAACAUAAAUCCCAUGUCUCUCGGUCAAUUUAGUUUGUAAUUGCAUCAGUGAAAAAGAAGAGUGAACCAGAUCUUUUCCAAAAUGUUUCCUUUUGAGGAUAAAGCCACAGUGUUGCAGUGAUUCGGCAAACGUGUAACAGAAAGGUCGGACUGCCCCAUCCAUAUUGCCCUGUAAACCAAGAAGGUAUAGAGUUUCUACACCCUAAAUAUUACAGCCAGCAUAUUUCCACUAUACAACAUGUCAGUUAUAUUUGAGGUUUUCAGCUGAUGGUCUUCUCUUAAAGGGAGUCACACUUAGAAAGCAAGGGAGAGCAAAGGGACACAAGCUUCUGUUGGGCCUGAACAUGUAAGGUUUCAGUGACAAUCCCUCAAAAAUCACAGCCACCUAGACACCAUGCAACCUAUAGAAAUAUAACCCUUGACUUUUAUCAUUAAGGAAAGGGAAAUCAAUGCCAGCCGCAUGCUUGAUGAAAUGCUUGGGGAAUUACAUUUUGGUAAACGUCGAUUGUAACUGGGUAAUUUGUCUGCUAUACCAGAUACUGCAGCCAGCCAGUAUCGAAGCAUGCAGGAUCUUUGGUAUUCUCAAAAGUACUAUGGUCUCCAAAUAGCAAAAAUGACAGAAAGUGGGGUGGACUGGGGAUUAAAAUUUCACAAAAUUUACCUGAAUUAUCAUUCAUCCUGAGGAUAUUCCUCUCUAGUCUAUUUUACCACCUAAGAGAAGGCCGCGUGGAGCUUCACUGGCUAUUUCCUGUCAUUUGUUUUCUUUGCUGUGUCCAUGACAAAUUGGGAUAUUGUUCCCCAAUAUGAAUGUAUAAAUCUUAAUAAAUGUAUAUUUUGAA